UGUGCAACGACUUGGGAAGAUGGGCAACACGUCGUCGACUGCCGUGCCCGCUGCCGCCGCCGCGCCGAUGAAACCGGCACAAGAAGGCUGCCCUGUCAAGCACAAUGAUGCUGCAACACCUCAGCAAAUGGAUGGAUGCCCAGUGAAGCAUGGAAACAACGCUGCGUCGGUCGAAGAAGGAUGCCCUGUCAAGAAGCAGAAGGUGUACAAUGUGUACAGCCAAGAAAUCGAUCCCACCAACAACAUGCCGUCCAACCCGAACCAGGAACCCAAAGAAGGGCAAAAGUACCCGUUGAGUACGAACCGUGUCACGUCGACGAUCCCGAAAGGCGGCACCGACGGCACGUGGACAUACCCGAGUGAGCAAAUGUUCUUCAACGCGUUGCGACGCAAGGGAAAGGGCGAAGACGUGCAUGAAGGCCAUGUGCAAACCAUCGUGAGCAUCCACAACAACAUGAACGAACGAGCGUGGAACCAAGUCGCCGAAUGGGAGGAAACGUUGUACCCAGGCUCCGACGCCAAGUUGCUUCGAUUCUGCGGUCGCCCCGAUGAUUUGUCUCCCAUUGCACGACUCAAGACGUUCCUAGGAUACGAUAAACCGUUCGAUCGCCACGACUGGGUUGUCAUCCGCAACGAUAACACGGAGCAGCGAUAUGUCAUCGACUACUACUUUGACGACGAAAAGGCCGCGCAGGACGCCGUCCCUCGACUGCAUGACGUCACCAGCGUCAAGUCGAUCACAAUGUAUGCCCGCCCAGCCGUCGACUCGCUGUCAAACGUAAUCGACCGCAUCAAGUUUCCAAUUCUGAACCUGCUGGGCUCGACCCAGCGCGUCCCGUUGCCGACGAAUCACGCUGGCAACGACACCGACGUGGACACGGAGGACGUCCUCUCUGUCGACCAAGUGAACGAAACGUUCGAGAAAAUCCAGGCGAACUGCAAGACGUGCUUCACCAACGUCCAAACUUGCACGGACGAGGCGUCGUGUGCCCAAGCUGCCACAGCGCUCCAAUUUUGCAUGGCCAACAUCUUGUGCAAGCCCGACGCUGUCAAGUUCACGACUGCCCUCGCAUCCGGCGACGAAGCACGCAUCGAAGAAGCAUACGCUGCCAUGGAAACCUGCGUCGACCGAUUCGAAGUUCGCUCGCGUGCUGCAUUGCAAGAGCAAGCCCGUGUCGCCGCUCGACAGAUGUCGACCGCCUCUUCCACAGCAUAGACUCCAGUUUUUCUAACGCCAUCCACAAGUCGCACAUGCAUUUCGUUUGACCGUACCAGUCGAUCGCCAUGUUGUGCGAGGUGCACGUGCCACAAACACUUUGCCCACGACGUCAUCC